AUGAAAAAUCUUUAUGGUUAUAUUUUGGAAGACCGUAGUAAUCAUUAUAAUUGGAAUAUAUCAUAUCCUAUUUUAACAAAUUUUAAUGGUGAUAUUUUAAUUUUACCAAAUAAUACUCUCGCAACUUCUCAACUGAUCACAAGAUCGGGUGCACGUGAUCAUGGUUAUGGAAAUUUACAUAUCUUCAGCACAACUCCGAACAUUGGUGAUAUUAUAGAUCCAUCUGAAAUAAUCCCUUACAAUUAA